GCAGAAAGACCGAGUGAACGGAGCAAUAAGACAAAAGUGGACUGAGCCGCAGCAUGGCGCGGCGGGCGUAACUCAGUGCCCGGAUGGUGACGCGGCGGUGCGAGUGCGACCUCCGCCCGCCGGUCUAGCCUUCGCUCGCUUGCCCGCGCCCUGACGCUCCUCUUUCUUCGCGACGAGCGCCCGCCCUCGGCCGCCGCAUGGCCCAGCGCCCACCAUGGUCGACGACUUCGAACUGGAGAUCUUGGAGCUGGAGGAGGAGCAGGCGCGCCGCCGGAGGAGGAGCCGCGUCGUCAGCAGCUUCCGGCGCGAUGUCCCCCGCACGUCCAAGGCGCGGCCGGCGCCCGUCCUGCUCGAUCACGUCAUCGAGGGCUGGGGCUCCAAGGGUGGCGACGUGGGCGGCGAGAAGGGCGUGAGGGCCCCGACGGCGAAGGCCCCCACCAAGAAGACCCCGCCGCUGCACUCCAGCAUCUACGAGACGCUCAACAACCUCUUCAACGCGAGCACGCGGGAAAUCGAAACUGAGCGGCGCAUCAAACCAAACAACCCAGAGUUCAACGCGCAGUUUAAUUAUGCCAAAAACUACAUCAAGACCUCCAAGUACACGCUGCUGAACUUCAUCCCGUACAACCUGUUCGAGCAGUUCCAGCGGCUGGCCAACUUCUACUUCCUGUGCCUGCUGGUGCUGCAGCUGAUCCCCGUCAUCUCGUCGCUCACGCCCGUCACCACCGCCGUCCCGCUCAUCGGUGUGCUCAUGGUCACGGGCAUUAAGGACGCCUACGAUGACUACACCAACCUCAAGUCCAAGCAGUGUCUGCCGGAGACGGAGGAGUUCGGGCAAGAUGUUGGCCGCAUCGGGUCAUUUCAGGGGGAAAUUCGGUGUGAACCCCCGAACAACCAGCUUAAUAAGUUCGAUGGGACCUUGUACUGGGAUAACCAAGCGUAA